AUCUCGAGUUGGAAAUAACAUGAUUUAGUCGAUGCACUAAUUUGACACUCCAUGUUAAGUGUGUUGUCGAAAAACAUCCCAAGAAUUUUGACACAUUAAGCACUAGUGACGACAGAUCCACCGAAAGUCAGUUGAUAUCCCGAGAAUUCACGAGAUUUGCGUUUUGGUGUAAAGAUAAUAAGUUCUGUCUUUCCCUGAUUUAGCUUGAGUAUGUAGUUUUGCAUCCAGUGGUCGAUAUCAAAAAGACAUCGUUGAAGUCUUUCUGCAAUGCUGUCCCAGCUGUCGUUUGGAUGUAUGAUCAAGUAUACCUGAGUCUCAUUCGCGUGGCAAUGAUAACACAUAUUAUGCCUCCGGCAACUUUCUCCGAUUGGUUUGGAGAACAUACAAUAUAGAUGAGGUUCUAAUACAGAACCCUGUGGAACACCAAAGUGGAGUAGGAACUCUUUGGAUACUGUAGAUCCAACAGCAAUUUUUUUUUUACUUCGACCAGAAAAAUAAGACUUGGUCCAUGACAGAGCCGAUUCCGUGAUACCAAAAGCGUACUCCACACGUCUGAUCAGAAUAUUAUGGUCGAAUGCAGCUGAAAGAUCAAGCAUCACGAUUUCCCGUCCAAUGCUGAGGUAAUAUAAUGGUGAACCCGUGAUAGAGUCGUUUCUGUGGAGUGACUAUUGCGGCAGAUUACACCGGGUCGUGAAGCUGUUGAGGGUUCAGAUGUUUUUCAAGUUGAGCUGACACUGCUUGUUCCAAUAUUUUAGUUAGAAAAGGUAAGUUUGAUACAGGUCUGUAAUUUUCUAAUUCAUCCUUGUCAAGUCCUUGGUGCUUAAUUAAUGGUCGCACUAUAGCUUUUUUGAAAUUCGAUGGCACGUUCGAUUUCAAGAAAGAUUUGAUUGGUAAAACACACUCCAAACAUUGUUUUAAAACUUUCGUGGGUAUUGGGUCUAAUUCGCAGGACUUUGUUGGAGCACCACCGACAAUAUCACGCACCGGAGAAAGCGACACUGGCUCCGACACUGCCAAAGGAAUACCAUCAAACUUAAUGUCAACGCAGAGAUCUACUUCCAUAGAAGGGGGCGUGAUCGACGAACAUAGACUAUCUCUAAAGUUUCUGAAUUUCAUCAAUAAAGUAUUCACCAAAUUUGGAUGUAAGAUCAAGUUCGUUAUCAUGAACAGGUAAAACCUGACACAUUUGUAUUUCCCAUGAGAUUGUUUGUAAGUUUGAAUAUAUAGUUGUUUCGAGUCGCUGCCUAAUUCCUGAAUUUUGUUAUUGUAGUACUGUGUUUUACAAUGUAGCAAGAGUUUAGUAACUUGCAUACACUUCUCCUGUAGACAGACAAUUUUGUUCGUCUCAUCAUCUGUUCAGCCCUCCGACAGUCACUCUUGGCAGAAUGAAGAUCGUCCGUAAACCAUGGGAUGAUCUCCUUUGAUUUUUCUUAGGUGCAUGAAUAUCGAUGGUUGCUUGGAGGAAUGCAUUACAGCACAGAGUAAGCUCUUCAGUGAAUUAUCUUCCUUUAUGAAACUUGAAAAGUUCGGAUCGUUUUUUUUAAUUUAUUGAUAUCAAUGGCAGAGCUGUGGAAAACUGCCGGUCAUGCCGGCAAGACCGGCUUAAUUUGGCCGUGACCGACAUAAGUUGGUUAAAUGUCGGACCGCAUGACCGAUGUUGUUUGCGCCGCCCGCAUUAAGAAAAACACAAAAUGCCACCGUGUAAACAGUCUUUAUCCAGAGUUGUCGUUUCUUAUGCAUCGGUAAUCCUCGGAGGACUUCACUACGCAAUGCUUUAGGCCUAUACAAUGUGUGAGGUGGAAGCCACUCGAGGAUCUCCAAAUGAAACUUUUGUCUGGUUCCCUGGCUCACUAACAACGACGCAUAGUAGACAGGGAACCAGGGAACCGCGCGAAAGUAUGGCGUCGUGGCCGAUCAAAUUUACACCGGGAUCAAAACCAGGCCAAGCAUCAAAAAGAAAAAGAGAUGUGGACAAUAGUAAGUUAAAGUAUGAAAAACAGAGAAAGAGGGAAUUUAAAGAGGACUGGAAAGAAGGUAGAGAGUGGUUACAGUUUGAUGGUGAGAAAAUGACCUGUAACCUGUGCCAAGUUCACGGGAUGGGCGAAUGUCGGAAUGUGCAGAAUUUUGUUACAGGUUCAGUUAACUUUCGAUACUCAGGGAUAAUUGAUCAUGAAAAUUCCAGAUUUCAUCGUCAAGCAGUUGAGCGUUUCUAUGCUAAAGAGAAUGUACGUGAAAAUAAACAAUCUGAAGCACACAAGGCUAUAGUGUCGAUGGACCAAUCUAUUCGGCAGUCGUUAGAAACGAAGUUCAGAAAUAUUCACGCCCUAGUUAAAUAUAAUAGGCCAAUAUCGGACUUUACAUGGCUUAAUGCACUUGAUCAAAGAAAAGGAUUAGAACACGGCACAACUUACAACAAUCGUUGGGCAGCCACAGCAUUUUUGGAAUGCAUUUCUGAAACUGUGAAAAGUGAAGUGGUUGGAACUGUUCAGAACUCUCAGUUUUUUUCCAUAACAAUGGACGGAUCAACAGACAGUGGUACUAUUGAACAAGAAACCCUGUUUAUCAGAUGCUGUGUGCAUGGGAAAAUAGAAUUGAAAUUCUUAUGCAUUGGUGAGCCAAGAUCAACUUGUGCACUGGAUUUGUUGGAAUUUGUGAAAGAGAAAAUUGAAGAAAACAAGCUAGCCGAUCAAAUGCACAAGUUAGUAGGAUUUGGAUGUGAUGGGGCUUCGAACAUGCUUGGACGUCAUAACGGCCUUGUUUCACUUCUCAAGAGGGACUACGUUGAGAUGUUGGGUGUUCACUGUUUAGCUCAUAGAUUGGAGCUUGCUCACAAGGAUGCUCUUAAAGAUGAUCGUCAGUACGUUCAGCUCUCUACACUCCUCUUAGGACUCUACUAUUUUUAUAAAAAUAGUGCCAAGCAGAGAAAGAAUUUGAGAGACUGUAUGAAGGUGAGAUACAUGUAAACAUCAUUUUUUGAAUUACUAAGCAUUGAUCAAUUAGCAAGUCUUAUGAGUUCAAUGAUUUUUUUCCCCUGUUAUUAAUUAAUUAAUCCUUUUUUCAGGUAUUGGC